AUGGGGGGUGGAGCCGGUUCUGUGGCGGGGGAGGGUGCCUGGGUCACUGGGGAAGAGUUGCCUGCAGAGCCCGCGGGAUGGCAUGAGGCGGCUCUGCCCGGCUCGCUGCCAUCUGCCGUGCUAAUUGGAGGGAACUGGGCCGCCGCCAUCCGCGUUGCUGUGCUGGAUUGUGCAGAAGAAGAGAACCAGGAGGUGUGCCGCACCUAUGACAUCCACUUCUACCCCACCUUCCGGUAUUUUAAAGCGUUUACGAAGGAGUUUACAACGGGAGAAAACUUCAGAGGGCCCGACAGGGAGCUCCGCACGGUCAGGCACACCAUGAUCGACUUCCUGCAGAACCACACAGAUGGCAGCUGGCCACCAGCCUGCCCGGCCCUGGAUCCGACCCCGCCCAGGGACAUCCUCGCCCUCCUCGGCAGCCGCAGGGGCCAUUAUGUGGCUGUGCUGUUUGAAAGCAACAGCUCCUAUGUGGGACGAGAGGUGAUCUUGGACCUGAUUCCCUAUGAGAACAUCGUGGUAAGCAGAGUGCUGAACGGGGACAGGGCUGUGCUGGAGAAGCUCGGCGUGGCUGCGGUGCCUUCCUGCUACCUGAUCCACCCCAAUGGCUCCCAUGGGCUGAUUCAUGUUGCGAAGCCUCUCCGAUCCUUUUUUUCCUCUUAUUUGAAGUCAUUGCCACAUGUGAGGAAAAAAUCACUUUCCCUGCCCGAAAAGCCUAACAAAGAAGAAAGCCCAGAAGUUGUGGUUUGGAGAGAAUUUGACAGGGCCAAGCUGUACACAGCCGACCUGGAGUCGGGGCUGCACUACCUGCUGCGGGGGGAGCUGGCCGCCCAUAGGUCUCUGGCCGGAGCCGAGCUGAAGACCCUCCGGGACUUCGUGACGAUCGUCGCCAAGCUGUUUCCUGGCCGGCCACCCGUCAGGAAGCUCCUGGUGACGCUGCAGGAGUGGCUGGCCACCCUCCCUCUGGACAGGAUCCCCUACAAUGCUGUCCUGGACCUGGUCAACAACAAAAUGCGGAUUUCCGGAAUCUUCCUCCCCAGCCGAGUGAGGUGGGUGGGGUGUCAAGGAAGCCGCCCCGAGCUGAGGGGCUACCCGUGCUCCCUCUGGAAGCUCUUCCACACCCUGACGGUCCAGGCCUCCACCCAGCCGGAUGCGCUGGCCGGCACAGGGUUUGAGGAGGACCCGCAGGCCGUGCUACAGUCCAUGCGCAGCUACAUGCGGACCUUUUUUGGCUGCCGGGAGUGCGGCCAGCACUUCGAGGAGAUGGCCGCGGAGUCCCUGGACACUGUGAAGACUGCGGACCAGGCUGUGCUCUGGCUCUGGAGGAGGCACAAUGCCGUGAACAGCCGCCUGGCAGGCCAACUGAGCGAGGACCCCAAGUUCCCAAAGGUUCCAUGGCCCACCCCAGACCUCUGCCCCGCCUGCCAUGAGGAGAUCAAGGGCCUGGACAGCUGGCAGGAGGGCCAAGUGCUGGCAUUCCUGAAGCAGCACUACGGCAGCAGCAACCUGAUAGACACGUACUCGGUGGACCUGGGGGACACCGGGGAUGGCAGAGGGGAACAGGACGCAUCAAGCCUCCGGCUGCCCCAGGAGCCGGGCCUCAGGACUGGCCUCUCUGGGAGCCCACACUACCGGCUGGACGCACGAGCCCAGAGUCCCCGGGGCCCCCGGGUGCGUGAGGAGGCCGAGGCAGCUGCGCCUUUCCUGGGCAUCGGCUUCUCCAGCCUGGACAUGAGCCUCUGUGUGGUGCUGUACGUGGCCUCCUCCCUGUUCCUGAUGCUCAUGUAUUUCUUCUUCCGUGUGCGGUCCAAGCGGUGGAAAGUUCGGCUCUACCACCCUGCCGUGUAGUGCCCUCCUGCCAGGGGCCAGGGCUGCGGGCGGCAGAGGAGCCUGGACCACCCUGCUCACCUCCCCGCACCCCUGCAGCUUUAAUGUUCAUGAUCAGGGAUUGGGCCUGGACCCGCCAUGUGGCCUGCUGUGUCCUAUGGCAACGCUGUCUCUGGCACCUGUCCGUGGCCCCUGUGCUCCACGCCCCAGCCUUCUGCGCAUCCCUUGUGAGGAAGGGAGGAACAGAGAGACCCACUGGCGCUCCACUGAGACUCCUUCAGGGCUGGCUUUGUGCUCGGAAAGUCCCUGGAGGUGGCUGUGUGGCAACAUGGCAGAACCGCAGCACAGUGGCCUUUUCUGGUGCCUCAAAGCAGAUGCAAUGCAGACCUGGCUUUGCCAUCGAUGCCUUGCGCUGCUUGGCUGUUCCUGCAUGAGCUGUGGCCGUGGGCACUCAGGUGCAGAGGCAGAGGAGGCCUGUAGGACCCGGGAGUUUUGUGGCUUUGCUUUCUCUCAGAAUUGACCCCAGGGCUGUGGACAGAAAACUUGGGCUUGGAAGAGCCAGGGGGGUGGCAUUGCCUUGUUUAUCUGGUGGCAGAGGCAUGAGGGCCACCCCAGUGUGGCUGACAGGGUCUGUGUGGGCACAGUCCCCAGGAGACCUGCAGGGCACCCCCUUUGUGUUCUGGGUUCCUCCUCCAUCCUGAGCCCCAGGAGGCCCCAGCAGGGGAGAAGGUCCCCCCAGGCCGGCCUCCAUGCGGACUCUUUGACCCCUAAUAGUUUGAACACGUUUGUGAAACCCAGAGCAACUCAUUGGUAAGUUUGCCUCUGCAAUUGCUUCUCGGCCUUUUGGCUAAGAUCAAGUGAAGUUUGCCUCUGCAGACUUCCACAGAGCAAAACACACAUUCCCAGGACUCCUGUUGGACCUUCUGUGCCCGUGGCUUGUCCCACAAGCUUCCUUGGGGGGGUUAGUGGGUUACACGCAAACGCAUGCCCGCCUGUGUGCACCUGCGCACGUGUGUGACCAGGACAGUUGUAAAUAUUUCUCCACUGUCUGUUUUAUAUUUUACUUCCAUAUUUCCUAAAGACGGUCACGUGGGUGUCGUUAAGCGCCUGUAACACUGCUGUCCUUGCUGCUGCGUGAGACACAUGGACAGCUGUCGCUGGCCUGGCCUCCCCAAUAGCCAGGGGGAAGCAGGAGGAGGAGGAGCAGGGAGCUGCUGCCCAGGGCGAGGGCGAGGGGCCUGGCUGCUGCCUACUUGCUUCCUGUUUGAUGCUCUCUAAUCCCUAGGGCCCUUUGUUGUGGACUGCUGUUUUGUGCCCGGGUUACUGAAGGCAGCGAGCCCCACAGGCAGUGAGCCGCCCCGGCAGAUGAGUCUUUCCCAGGGAAGUGGGUUCUUGCGCCCCGCGGGGCUGACCUUGCAGUUGGGGGCACCCCUCCCAGGGCUCACUGUGGGCAGGGCAGGGUCUGGCCCAGUCCCCUGUACCUCUCCUGGGCUCACACAAGGUGUUUCCUGAAGUUUUAAGUAUUGUGAGACUAAUGAUAUAAUAGUUCGGUAAUUUAAAUGUUUAUUUAUUUUUAAUGCAAAGAUUUUGAUUAAAAAGCCAAUUGACAUGGAAAUGUUAGUGAAAUUUCUUACCUGCAAAGAAAGUGGACAUUUUGUAUUUAAGUAAACUAUAAU